AUAUUUAAAUGAACUAAGUCAAAAAUUUUCAAAUUAUAAUAUGUUUGAUAAUUUAAAAGAUAUAAAAUUACAAAAUCUUCAAAUGGCAGGUCAAUUUCAGGCUUACAUGUGGGCAUCAAUUAUCGGUGGCAUGGAUGGAGUAACAGAAAACCAUUGGCAAUUAGCCGAUUAUAGCGGAAUUUUUGUUCAAAUAACAUUAGGUAUGGGUAUCAUAUUUCUCUUCCCUAUGAUAGUAUAUUUUUUGACUAAAUUAGACAUAAUUACUCCCCACUUUUUAAAAACAUAUCGAAAACAUGCCUUCGUAGUUAUAUUAAUAUUAGCUGCCAUAAUUACCCCAGCAGAUGUUGGAACUAUGAUAAUUGCAACAGUACCACUUUGGUUAUUAUACGAA